GCCAGGGGAAAAGCUGCCCAGCAACUCUUUCUGUGGCUUCCCAGACCGCUGCUGUUUCAUACGAGGAUCCAGGAUAAAAUGAUCCGGUCACAGAGUGAAAAGAAGAUGAAUGUGACCAAAAAAGUCAAGUUUGAGAAGGAAGCAAAUGAGGAUAAAGGUUCCACAAGCCAGGCAAUGGCCAAAGACCCUCAAGACAUAACAGAAAUAGCUCUAACUUUAGCCAAGGAUGCCAUCACUGCUGCUAUCAAGUCUAUAGAAGAAGCUGAAAACCCCGUCAGAAAUAUCGACUGGAUCACCCACGGUGAAUUCACAGAAGAAAAGGGCCGUAAGCAAGUUGAAGAGUUUGUUUUGAAUUGGGAGUAUCAAGGCCGCUGGGAGCACUACACAGAGUUUUUAAGGAAGGAAGAUGUGUUUCACAGCUUCUACUACAUCUACUGUGUACGUUGGAGCAUCCCAACUGCUCGGAGACCCAUAGCCCAAAUCACUGCCAGUGUGUACUUCACCAUCAAGGUCAACAAAAACAAACCUCCGGAUACACCCAUUGAUGUCUCUUAUGUCUUUGAGGGCCAUUCAUUAAUUCACAGACCAGGAAUGAUUCGCUUUCGAGAAAAAUGGCUAAGGGACAUUAUUGAGGCCAAAUAUGUUUUAAUAAAUCCAAAUAUCUUCCAAUUCAACAGUAUUGGAAUCUUCCAGAAUAUUUUAGGAGAUUUCUAAUCAGAGAAUAUUAAAAAUAUGAUACUGUACAUCAAACCACAGAAUAUUUAUUGACUAAUAAAUUUGUGGCACACAAUCUAGCUGCAUUGUUUUUCUUUGCAUUCAUUUUCCAGUUGGCAACUUCCAUUACAUUAGUAGAGUAACCACUAAGUUGUCUUCUAUUUUCUAAAAGGUUUUGCCCAUCACUAUCUGUCUCUCUCAGUCUUACAGAUACAAAAGCUGAGUUUAGGGAGUAGAUUAAAUUCACCUGUCAGACCAAACUGAGCUUGGUCCUUGGCUCUUCGUUCCCCCAUCUGAGCCUGAGUCUCCGGCCUGAACAUACCUCUUUCAUGGGCACAACUGGGGAACAGAAAAAUGGCAACAGUUCUACAGCUCAUAAUAUAACCAGUCUGAAGGGUUUCCCUGCUCACAGUUCCCUUUAUUUAAUGCAAGUUAAGCCUCAAUGUUAAACAAUACAUUCUGAAACUCUGCAACUGGGCAUGCUGCCCACUGCAACUGUGAUGGCACUAGGGUGGCUUGAGGAUUGGCUUGAUGAAACAGGGAAGGUUCAAUCACCACCCUUACUAUUUCUGGCCUUCUUCCAUCCUCACACCAGAUCAUUUGUUCCUACCAUCCCUGUGAAGCUGUCUUGCCUGGCUGCAAGAUCUUAAAACACAAAAGACAAAAUUACGAGUGAUUACUUAUAGGUAUAUCAGAAUACAUAUUUAU